AUGGGGUGGCGGUUCCUCCGUUCGGAACAGAGCCGGGACAGCCCCAUCUCCAGUGUAGGACCGGGACCCCCGCCCCAGUGCGGGGUGGUGAGCGACCCGCUCCAGUACGGGGUGAGGUUUCCCGGUCCAGUCUUCGGUGGUCUCCCGGUCAGUCCCCGCUCCGAAAUGCGACCUCAGCAAACAGAGGUGGUGGUGCCCCCUCCACCUCCCGCCAUCCGAACUGGGGUCGCCUUGCACAGUCAAACACAACCCCGUUCCACCCCACAGGAUCUCUCACCUGCCGGGGGACACGGGCCGGGAUCCGACGGAGGGUCCGGGGGUUCCGCACCUGGCGGAGGAGGCGGGGCUCGGACCACAGGGGAUCCGGGGGUAUCUCACCUGCCGGGACAGGCGGGACGAGAUCCAAGGGAGGAUCCGGGGGUCUGUCACCUGUCGGAGCGGGCGGGGCUCGGUCCAAGGGGGGUUCCGGGGAUCUCUCACCUGUCGGAGCGGGCAGGUCGAGGUCCAAAGGGGGGUCCGGGAGGGUCUGUCACCUUCCGGGGCGGGCGGGGCUCGGUCCAAGGGGGGGUCCGGGAGGGUCUGUCACCUGCCGGGGCGGCCGCUCCCCAGCGACCCUCGGCAGCCGCGCCUUCCUCCGCCUCCUCCUCCUCCGCCGCCGCCGCCUCCCCCUUCUCCUCCCCGCCGCGGAGGGACGGGGCUCUCCGCAACGGCACGGUGGUGCCGCAUCAUUACAUGGUGGCCCUGUACCAGCGCCUGGCCGCCCGGCGCGCCCCCGGCCGCCGCGCCGACACCGUGACGGGCUUCGCGGAGCGGGCGCGCAGCGAUGCCUCCCCAUCCGCCUCGGAGCAGCGGUACCUCUUUGACAUCUCCAGCCUGCCUGAGGCAGAGGAGGUGACGGGCGCGGAGCUGCGGAUCCUGCGCUCCCUCCCUGAGAACCGGAGCUUGGCCCUGUCCCCCGAAGGCACCUUCCACCACCUCCUCCUUGCCACCUGCCCCGGCCGCGACGGCGAGGAGCCCCGGCUGCUGGACUCCAGGGCCGCGGACAUUUUGGACGCGGGCUCCUCCAGAUGGGAGGUGUUUGAUGUCUGGGAGGCCUUGCGGGAUCAGAGGGAGAGGUCUCUCUCGGGAAAGCUGCUGUGCUUCCUGCUGAGGAUCGUCUCGGAUCGGUCGGGGCAGCUCCUGCCCCCCCGGCAGCUGGGCUUCGCCAAGCCCCGGCCGCAGCCCCACGAGCGAGCCCUGCUCGUGGCCUUCUCCCGCACCCAGAGGAAGGAGAACCUCUUCAAGGAGAUCCGGGAUAAGAUCAAGGCCCUGGGCAGCCCCCCCUCCCUGGAGUCCCCCGAUCCCGGGCAGGAGGCGUUCCUGAAGCGGAGGAAGAGGAGGACCACCCUUGCCGCCCGGUCUGGGGGCAGAGGCCAUGGGAAGAAGGCGAAGACUCGCUGCAGCAGGAAGCCCCUGCACGUGAACUUCAAGGAGCUGGGCUGGGAUGACUGGAUAAUCGCCCCCCUGGAUUACGAGGCCUAUCACUGCGAGGGGGUCUGCGACUUCCCGCUGCGCUCCCACCUGGAGCCCACCAACCACGCCAUAAUCCAGACCCUGAUGAACUCCAUGGACCCCGAGUCCACCCCCCCGAGCUGCUGCGUGCCCUCCAAGCUCAGCCCCAUCAGCAUCCUCUAUAUCGACUCUGGGAACAAUGUGGUUUACAAACAGUAUGAGGACAUGGUCGUGGAGACGUGUGGCUGCAGGUAG